ACAGCUUGCUGAACACUUCCUCCAAACACAGUCGUUACGCUCCGCACCAUUUGCCACUCGUUCAUGGCCAAUAUGCGCUCGCUUGCAGUCCUCGUUGCUCUUGGAGCUGUUGUCAUUGCCCCGGUCGCGGGGAAUGAAACAGCGUUCCACCACUCGCACACGCUGACGGGGCCUCCCAGCCAUCCAACUGGCUGUCCAACCGUCACUUUGACUGCCGAUGUGUGCACCACCUGUCGCUACCCUCUGUGCCUGGUCCUCAGCACGGCCACCCAGCAUUGCGGCUGCCCCGAAACGCCCGCGACUGUGUACAGGUCCUUCCCCUGCCACGAGAACUGCUCGGGUCUUGGCUGCGGGACGUCGUGGAGCAUCGUGACCGCGACCGGUUGCCACACGUCCACCACGACCAGCUCCUCGACCUCUUGCUCAACCUCGACCACCUCCACAGCCACCCACAGCCAUAGCCACAGCCAUAACCACACCCACACCAGCACCAGCAGCUGCCCCAAUACCACCACCACCACAACCUCUUCCUCCUCCUCAACCACGCCCUGCACCAACUCAACCACCACCACCGAGACCGAAACCACGACCACAACCGUGACAACCUGCCCAGAGACCUCGACCUCGACCUCAAGCUCCAGCUCAAGCCCGUCCGCCCCUCCCCCUCCGCCUCCCGAGACGUCGUCGCCGACUGAGACGGCCCCCGGUGGGAGCAACCCGCCGCCGCCGCCGCCGCCGGGUACCACCUCUACGCCGACGACCCCGCCCUCCUCGCCGGGCUUGCCGCCGCCUGUUAGUAGCGUGGCUACGGCGGGGGCGGCGCAGAGGGCGAGGCCUUGGCUGGUUUGGUAAGUAGGGAGGUUGCUUUGGUUUACUCUGGGAUAUUGUCCUUCUUGUGAGUCGGCGUUGAGAGUGAUGGGUUGGAUGGGAUUGGUUGGGCAAUUGGGGGUCAGGCAGUGGGUAAUGCAGUCGAGGUGUAUUUGAUUGUCUAAUCCCUUCCCUGAGCUGAGGCUGGGUAGCAUGUUGAGGAGGAACAGUGCUGAAUUUGACUCAUGGGGAAAUUGACCAGCAAUCCGGGUACCUAAUUGACGAUGUUAUGGCCUCUCCACC